GCCCAACCCAACUAACCCAAACGCCAGGAAACCACUCCAACGGCCACCGUCGCGCUUCCCGAUGCGCAACGCGGCGGCCAAUCCGCAACCGCCUCGCCGAGAAAACCAGAGCGCCGCCCCCACCACCGAUCCUGCAACAUCCUCCGUCUCCGCGAUGCCGGCGGCCGUCACCACCUGCUCGGCGUCCCACCGCGCCGGCGACUCUGACUUCGCCCUCGACCUCGACCUCGACGACGUCGCCCGCGCCGCCGACGCGGCCUGCAUCGGCGCGCUCGCCUGCGGCCGCGCCAGCUUCUCCUACCACCGCCUCCCCGAGCCGCGCCUUCGCCUCGUCAUCCGCAAACUCGACGACUCCUACUUCGAUGUGCAAAUCGCGAGGUCGGCCGCUGUGUGGGAGCUCAAGGCAGCAAUCGAAGGCUUCUUCAUCGGCCUCUACGAUGACAUGGCUAACGCUAUCACCUGGCAGCACGUCUGGAGCCACUUCUGCCUGUGCUUCAAGGACGAAAAACUGACGGAUGACAAGGCAACAUUGCGUGUGUUUGGUAUAAAAGAUGGCGAUGAGCUUCAUUUCGCCCAGCAUCUGUCUGUUGACUACAGCCCAUGCAAGAGCUCCAAGAGUCAAAGGGCAGCAUCUCACGGAAGGUCAAGGACUUCAGUGGAUGAUAUUGGUGUCAGACCAAGGAGUUUGAUGGACGAUCUGGUUGAAGAAGACGAUGACGAGCAGAAGCUUACUGCUACUAGGCAUUCCACCAGUGUCUUGGAUGAUGGUUUUUGUGUUUAUGAACAACAAGAGGAGUGCAUGGUGGAAGACCACAAGAAGGGAAGUUUCUUUCGCGGUUUGUUCUCGUACUCCAGAUUAAGGGCUAACAGGAGAACACAUUCAGAGAACGAAUCCUCUUGCGAUAAGAAAGGCAGUCGAUCAAGCCUGGGGAAAUGGCUGUCUUCCAAAAAGCCGAAGGCCCAGAGAAAAUGAUACGCAGAGUGCUAUUUAUCUGACAUCUGCUGCUUUAUUUUCUGAAUAAUGUGCUGAGAAGGCGCGAUUCCACGCGACUUAGAGUAGCCUAGGUGACCUUACAGUUCAAUGUACAUAAGUGUGCCGUGAAUUGGUGUACCCCGAAAUCUGAUGGGCAUCGUUGUGCAGUGCAAUGAGAUAUUUAUUUAUUGUC